UCUAGGUACACGCGUCGGGAAGUGCGGAUGGGAGAAUAAAAACAAGGAAACCUAGAGUGUGACACUUAGCUUAUAAAGAUUCAUUCAAUGACACUUUAUUAAAGAAUCACUGGGACUCAGGCGCAAUUUAAAGUGAAGCGCCUUGAAGGAACGACGUAAACAUAUUACUCGAUAAUUUGUUGUAUACGAUAGUGCUUGUUUAUGUUGAGGUGUAGUGACAUUAUUUAAAACAAAAUGGGGAUGCUACUCUACGUGUGGGCAGCAACUAUAGUAGCAGCUGUAUGGCUCUACUGCAGGCAGGUGUACUCUAGGUUCACCAGACAUGGUGUCAAGCAGCUCCCCCCUGUCCCACUGCUGGGAAACAUGACCGAAGUGGUCUUUAGGUUCCGUCAUAUGGCUGAAGGGCUGGAAGACCUAUAUAAAGCUUUUCCGGAAGAAAGAUUUGUAGGCAGAUUUGAGUUCAUGUCUCCAAUGGUGAUGAUACGCGACCUGGAGUUGAUAAAGAGGAUCACCGUGAAAGACUUCGAGUACUUCCUCGACCAUCGGACCAUUGUCAAUGACAAGACUGACCCGUUGUUUGGCAGGAAUCUCUUUUCUCUUAAAGGUCAAGAAUGGAAGGACAUGCGCUCGACGCUGAGCCCGGCCUUCACCAGCUCCAAGAUGCGCGUCAUGGUGCCCUUCAUGAUGGAAGCGGGCGACCAGAUGGUGGAGGCGUUGAUGAACAGGAUUCAGGAAUCGAAAGAAAACUACAUUGACAUAGAUUGCAAGGACAUUACCUGCCGCUACGCAAAUGACGUCAUCGCUUCUUGCGCGUUCGGCCUCAAGCUCAACUCUCAAGCAAAUCUCGGAAGUGAAUUCUACAAGAGAGGACUAGAGGCUUCCGUCUUCAACUUCCGCCAAGUGCUUUCCUUCUUGAUCAUGGCUAACUUUCCCAAAUUGGCCGAUCUCGUAAAUUUAACCCUGUUCUCCGAAAAGUCGAAGGACUUCUUCAGAAGUUUGGUGAUGAACACCAUGAGCAACAGAGAGACGGAGAAGAUAUUCAGGCCGGACAUGAUCCAUUUGCUGAUGGAGGCCAAGAAAGGAAAACUUUUACACGAUGAGAAGGUUACCCAAGAUACUAAGGCAGGUUUUGCAACAGUCGAAGAAUCCGCUGUUGGAAAGAAAAAUAUUGAUAGAGUGUGGUCUGACAACGACCUGAUUGCCCAAGCCGUACUAUUCUUCAUCGCUGGCUUCGAAGGCAUUUCGGCGGUCAUGUCGUUUGCCCUUCACGAGCUGGCUGUCAACCCUGAAGUCCAGAGCAAGCUGGUGGCGGAGAUAAAGCACAAUGAUGCCAAAAAUGGCGGAAAGUUCGACUACAAAUCCAUUCAGGAGAUGACUUACAUGGAUAUGGUUGUCUCAGAGGUUCUGAGGUUCUGGUCGGCUGGUGUAGCUUUGGACAGAGUGUGCAACAAAGAUUACAAUCUAGGGAAGCCCAAUAGCCAAGCCACAGAGGAUUACAUUGUUCGCAAAGGUGAAGCGAUCGUCAUACCUGUUUGGGCUUUCCACCACGAUCCUCAAUACUUUCCAAACCCAGACAAAUUUGACCCUGAAAGGUUCUCUGAAGAAAACAAGCAUAAAAUCAACCCAUUGGCGUAUAUGCCUUUUGGUUUGGGGCCACGAAACUGUAUUGGUUCAAGGUUCGCGCUGUGCGAGGUGAAGGUGAUGCUCUACCAGCUCUUGCAACACUUGGAGGUGUCUCCAGCAGCGAAGACCGCCAUACCGGCGCGGCUGUCCACGGAGACCUUCAACCUUCGCAUGAAGGGCGGCCACUGGAUCCGGCUAAGUGUUAGAGAAUAAAAAUGUACAAAUAAAUCGGCAACCCUGGAACAAAUAAGACCGGAUAGCAGAUGGCGACCUAUUCACGGUGAUAU